AUGUCUCCGGACAUUCCGGGAUCGAGAUCGGUCAAGACCAUAAAUCGAUCCGGUUGGGUGGAAGACCAUGUGCUCACCCUUGUUUCCAGCUGCGUUGUCAAUCAGCGCGGUUUCGCCAACACGUGUGGAGUGCCCCUCGGGGCUCACAUGGACUUCCAACCACCUGCCGUACUGGGACUGCCCCGCAUAGGGCCCAACAGACCGCCGUUGCGCUGUAAUGGCUGUUCCGCCUUCCUGAACGUGUACUGCAAGACCAAUCUUCCCAAAGGCGUGUGGAAAUGCAACAUGUGCGGUACGGUCAACAUCCACAAGGAUCGGAUGGGGGAGGCCACGGAGGUGUCGGCCUUUCCCGAGCUGUGCUCUGAGGCGGUGGAGUACGUGGCGCCUCUGCCCCUCUCCCACCCCAUCAGCCUCCCCUCCUCCCCCUCCUCUCCUCCCUCCUCCCCCCCCAACCCGAACCAAACCCGUCCCGCGCCCCACUUGGUGUUUGCGGUGGAUACCUCGUUGGAGAGUAGGGACCUGCAGGCCGUACGUGAGGCCCUUCUGGACAACCUCCGAAACCCCUCCCUGGACCCAACUACCCUCGUCUCCCUUGUUACCUUUGACGGUUGUGUUGCCGUACACAACCUGGGAGUCCAACGGUGCAGCCACGUGCUUCCGGCUUCCGCCGGCGGCGCUGUACCGCUCUCCCUGGACCUGCAAUCUGCCGUACAGCAGCUCUUGGACCGUCACUGCGUCGCUACCGCCGCCAGGCGGGCUGGCGCCGCCGGCGCCACCGCUGCCGCCGCCGUCGCCGGCGGCGGCGUCCUGGUUUCGGAGGCUGGGUUUUGUGCUUCCCACCUUCCCGGGGUGUUGUCGGGUUUGCGUACGGUACAGUCAGAUGUGCCUGUACGAGCAAGGGCCAGUCGUGUGAUCGUACUGGCGGGCGGCCCACCGACCCGUGGGCCGGGAGCGGUUCCGCUGGAGUUGCUGGACCAGGCUGUCUCUGAGAAGGGUCGUGGCGCGGAGAACCGUCUGAUGGCUGCGGCUCUGGAUGUGGGGGCGGCGCUGGGCGACAUGGCCGCGAAAAUCGGCGUGGCGGUGGAUAUCUUCACGAGUGUGCCUACGGGGAUCAACGCCCGGCUCCUCACUGCCAUCUCCCACGGCUGCGGGGGGGAGUUCAUGCCACAAAACACACACACACUCCCCCACGUGGAGGUGGCAGUGGAGGUGGAGGUGGAGGUGGAGGUGGAGGCUGGUCGGUGCGCUUCCUUGCGACUGGAGGUGACGCGGGAUUUGACGGAGGUGCCCUCGCUGCUGCUGCAGGUUGCCCUCCACUUCGUCGACCCCGUGGCCCGCUGUCGUGUCGUACGAGUUGUUACUCGCCGUAUUGCGGUGGUUGAGAGUCGCGUGGAGUUCCUCCGCGGCGUCAACCCGGUGGCCGCCGCGGCCCUCCUGGGGAAGAGGGCGGCGCUGGACGCCAAGAAGGCGGGGGCGUUCAGGGACGCCCGUAAGGCUGAGGAGGCCAGGUACUUGUUGGCGGCCCAGCUGGCGCUGGUGGCGACCCGCUGCGGGCAGGAGGGGCAGGCCAGUCGCGGCGUGUUGGGUUUUGGCGGUCGUAAGAGCUGGCAGUGGCCGGCUGAGCUGAUGCCGCUGGCGUACGCGCUUUACCACAUGCAACGGGGUCCGCUGCUGGGGCCGCCGGCGCCGCCGCCGCCAGGCACCUUCCCCGCCGCGGCCCACUCGCACCUCCACAGCUUGUGGGACUCGGAUGCGCGCCUGGCGAACUUGAACGCGCUGCUGAGAACGGCCUGGGGUGACGCAUAUCGAGCCAUGUCGCCGAAGCUGUAUGUCGUACUGCCGUCCAGCGGCGGCGGAGGCGGCGGCAAUCGUGCUAGCGCGCCGGCGCAGACGCCGCAGUUGGUGGCACUGCCGUGCGUUAGCCUGGCGGCAGUGAUGGCGCGCACCGCGCCGCUGUUGCUUGACGUCGGGACUGCCGUACUGGUGAGCCCGACGGAGGAGCCGGGCCACGUGCAUGGCGACGCCGAUGGUGACGGCGGCGGCAGCGGGGGUUUGACGCCGGCGCUGCUCGCCGCGGCGAUGGCGGCGGUAGCGGCCUCAAGCUCUUCGGCGACGGCUGCCAUGGGGCCCCAGGGCGCCGUCGCCGCUGCCUCCGCCGCCGCCGUGUCGCGCUUUCCGGUGCCCUCAGUCGUCUUCACGCCGGGCGCCCAGGCCGGCGGCGGCGCUCUGGCAAAGAGAUUGAUUCCCGUACACUUGGACAGCUAUCCCGACCAAUGUAUGCAGCACCCGCAGCUGCAGCAGCUGGGACUGGCGGUGGCGGCGCAGCUAUCGAAGCAGUUGACGGAGGGCGCGGCGGCGACGGCAGCGGCGGCCGCCGCAGGGCUGCCGCCGGCGCAGGCGAAACAGGCUGCCGCGGCGGCGGCGAGCUUUGUGGAAUGGUGUCGUACUGUACAAGUACGGCCGUUUCCGGUGCAGUAG